AUGAGGUGGCACCGGUACACCCGCUCUGACUGGGCAUGGCUGGUGCUGACUUGGUUGUCUGUAAUGCUUUGUUUGGCAACCGCUACAGCCACACUUUCUAGGCAACAUGGCGCGGCCGCCUCAUCCGGUCAGGCAUCACUGGACUGGUUGCUUAGUAACAGGGGCCCGUUCCAUGGGGCCCAGCAAUACAUGGACUUUGCUGAGAGGUACCAACAAGGGUAUACCACCAGGUAUCGCGUUCACAGAGAGUUUGGUCGCUGGAAAGUGAAGAACAUGGCGCUGGAGAGUAAGGAAUUUCCAAACCUAACACUAGCUCCAGAGUUUGUCCGGAACAUCCGUCAGUUGGGAAGGAGACCCACCUCCUCGCAAAUCACAGAGAACUUGAUAAAGAAGUAUGGCACGCAUAUUCUACUUUCUGCUGUGCUGGGAGGUGAAGAGUCGCUCACCAUGUUCGUGGACAAGGGAAGAUUGAAGCGAGAAGCCGGAGUACGCGGGAACACAUCGGCCCCCACGUUGGAUACUCUACACCAGCUGGCAGCUUCAUAUUUCAUGGACCGGGAGAGUGCACUGAGGCAGCUGCACCACAUUCAGAUCACCACGGGAGCCAUUAAGGUAACCGAAACGAGAACCGGUCCCCUCGGCUGCAGUAACUACGACAACCUGGACUCUGUCAGUUCCGUUUUAGUGAUGGGUCCUGAGAGCAAAGUGCAGCUUCUGGGGUUGCAGGCACUGCUUCCUCAGUACUUACGAGUUAGAUUUGUGAGAGCUGCGCUGUCCUACAUUUCAUGCAACUCCCAGGGAUGGAUGGAAUGCCAGGCGGGAGAAUGUUGGUGCCACUGCGAUGCUGCCUACCCACAAUGCAACUGCCCAACUGAAGACAUUCAAAUACUGGAGAAGAGCUUAACGCAGACACAGGAACAAGCAACUGGCCAGGAGAAAGAGUUUGAGGAAUCUGCAGAGUUUCGAGCUUUUCUGAAGAAUUUGCCAACCGACCGUUUCCUCAACAUCUCUACUAUUUCAAGACUUUGGAAUGUAGACCUUCAUCUCGCCCGACGCAAUGAACAGCUAAGAGCAGGGUUCAAGCAGCUUCUGUCCAAGUGUCAACGCCAAAUGAGACGUCUGAUUAACCUUAGCAAACACUGCCUCCACCAGCCUCAGUAAUUACUGCGGGAAAGAUCAGUUUCUUAUUGGUGGCACCACAUCCAGUCCCUUCUCUAUUGCAGUGCAUCACUUGUGCCUGGCACAUUCCUGGAGGCUUCUCACAGCUGUACCUGUACUCUCCAGCAUCCCAACUGCCAGGGAAACAUUCCAUGCAUACAGGGACCUGGCUCUUUGUGUUCCCUCUGCUCAACAAUUCACCCUGCCCAGUGUGCCAGUUGCAAUCCUGGAUACACAUUAACAGCUCAAGGCCUUUGUGUGCCUUCAGUGCCUGAGUCCUCAGAACCUUACCUUGGGACAGAAGGCACUUUGCAGGACUUAGAAGUAAAGUACUUGCUUCUUAAACGGGAUGGACGCUUGAGAGCUCCAGCUUUCUUUAUCUCUGGAGAUCUCCGGCUAGGCAUGUGGUUUCAAAUGGGUGGCAGGAAGCGUAUGCUUCUAACCUGCAAAAGCAACAAACACUGGCCCAGGCAGUUGCAUCUACUUUUAGGACUUUCAAUGCGUCUCUGUCUUGCCGGGAAUGGCACACGAGACCCCCAAGUGACCGUCUAUGUGAAUCCCUUUGGAGGAAGUCACUCAGAAAGCUGGUUGCUGCCUGCUGGAGAACAAGGUUAUCCAAGUUGGGAGAAAACUUGGGACAUGGAAGGAGGAGACCGUUGCCAGAAUUGGACUUUGAUACUAGGCCACCGCUGGCGGUCAUUUUUUGAGACUGUCCAUUUUUACAUGAGAAGCAGUCCUUCGGAAGAAGAAGAAGGAGAGGAGGAUUCAGCAGAAUGGACUGACAAACAGACUUUGGAUGACAAAUUAGAAGAUCCUGAGUACGUUCGUAUUGACGGUCUUCAUGCUUUUGGUUACAGUGUACCCUUUGACCCAGAAGGCAUCAGGGGUUUAGCGCAGCAACUGGACCAACCUGGGUCCAGAGAAAUAGCACUGCUAGAAAUGCAAGAGCUAAGGAAGAGAGUGAAUUUCUUAUCACCACCAGGUGCCCGUAAACUGGAUCUAUUUAGCUGCUUACUGAGACACCGGCUGAAGAUGAGUAGCAAUGAAGUGGGAAGAAUACAGGCCCAACUUGCUUUAUUCAGCAGUCAACUUCCCAAUGGCUCCACAUAUGAGACAACAAAGCUCUGCAGCUAG